AGUUCUGCAUUUUACAUCUGGCAACACUACUCCUUUUCGUAUUGGUUUUUAUUUGUUCUAUUCUAUCGGUAUGUCGGUCUUCUGCUUGUCAAACAUUUGAAAAAUGUAAUAUUCAGACUGAUAAUUAGUUCCUAUGUACUUGAAUUAUGUUUUAUUUAAUUUAAAAUGCCUCCCUCUUUUUAUAAAAGUAUGGGAUCAAAGUGUUCCCUUUGUUUUCGUUUAUUUAAAUGGUUUCCAGUUUUGUUUAUCUGCACAAUAGUUGCAUGGUCUUACUACGCUUACGUAGUUCAAUUAUGUUUUUUUGCCGUUGAAAGUGUGAUAGAAAGAAUUUUCUACUUAAUUGUUUACCAUGCAGUUUUUGCUAUGUUUAUUUGGGCAUACUGGCAGACUAUAUUUACAGAUAUAGGUCUUGUGCCAAGACAGUUUAAGUUAUCACCUGCGGACGCUGAACAAUUAGAAAGGGACCAAAGUGAAGAUAAUCAGCGUAGACUGUUAGAAAGUUUUGCAAGAGAUCUACCUGUUGCUUGUCGUACUAUGAAUGGAUCUAUCAGAUAUUGUGAAAAGUGUCAUAAUAUAAAACCUGAUCGUGCUCAUCAUUGUUCAGUUUGUGGAGUGUGUGUCUUAAAGAUGGAUCAUCAUUGCCCUUGGGUUAAUAACUGUGUUUCAUUUACAAAUUACAAAUUUUUUAUUUUGUUCCUGGGAUAUGCGUUGCUGUAUUGUCUAUUUAUUGCUGCUUCUUCUUUGCAAUACUUCAUUCAAUUUUGGACUAGUCAUUUCGGCAUCCAAUUUUUAGAACUGGCCCUGAAAAAGAUGGUUUUAGUUUGGGAAGACGUGCCAACUUUACUGAAAUAUUUGGUGAAGAAAAAUCAAAAUGGUUUCUACCUGUGCAUUCCAGCUUGGGUAAUGGUGUCAGCUUUCCCACUCGUGCGCAAGUCGGCAGCUCCUAUAAUUCCAUGGGCAACACUAAUCCAGCCAGUCAAGGUGAUGGGGUUAGUUUUCCUCAGAAAACUGUCGAUGAAGUAUCCAGUAGUCUAUUGGAUAAUAGAACUUAUAUUGAAGAUGAAAGUGAACUGUCACAAGUUGUCUCUGGAAAAUUAUAUGAAUCUGCAUCAAGAUCCAGUAUUGCAUCUGACAUAAAACUUCUUGCUCAGUAGCUCUCAAAAUAUGUUUCUUUUGCUUCUACCUGACUAUAACAAUCUCUAUGCUUGUAAGCCAAGACAUCUGUUGAGGGAAGGAAAAUUGUGUAAAUGUAUGAUCAACUUCAAUGUAGCAGUGGAUAAACGAAUUAUUCUACUAUUCAAUGGUGAUGAUGUGAUGAAUUAGAAGGUCAAGGAUUAUGCAUCUUGUCUGAUUUUGUAAAGUUUGUUGUUUUUGGAUGAAUAUAAUUUAUAAAAAAAGAAUUGUUGACUAAGCAGAAAUUUUAUUUAGGACAACUGGAAGACAGUACAACUGGAAGUAAAAAACCUUACUCAAUAACAGGAAAAAAAUUAAUACCGUAUACAGUGCCCGCCGUUUAUUAAAAUCACUUUCGUUUUAUGCUCUUUUGAUUUUAUUAAGUGGCUGAUUUUAUUAAGAGGCGAUUCAACAUUUGAAAAAAAUAAUAAUAAUUUUUACGAUAUAUUCUAAAUGCACACACUUUAAAAGCUGAAAUAAUGACAACAUUAAUGCUUUAUUUUAACUAAUUUAAUUAUUUUAAUAAAGUAAAACCCUACAUAAGAUUAAAUUUACAAAAUUUUUUCAAAAAACCAAUCAAUGGUUGCUUGAGUUGCAGUAUUUAAAAUUAACUAUUCAACGUCAUUUGAGAGUUUAUAGAAGUUUUUAUAGUUUUCGAUAUUUCCUCCUCUUUGUUCUAAAGCUCGCCGCAAUACAUUAGGUGCUUUUUUGACUUCCAAUGAAGAUGGCACUGAUGACUUUAUUUCAUCUUCUGAGUCUGAUUCCUCCAUUUCUUGAUUGGAAAUAACUUUGCAAUUUUUGAUGUCUGUAACAAUAUCAGAAUCAGAUUUUUCUCCUGAUGUUUGCAGGUUAUCGUCAAUAGCUACGUAACAUUCUUGUCCAUUUCAUUUUCUUCAUUGCUGAGCAUUUCUUUGAAACAGUUAUCAGCUCCCUCGCCAGUGCUUAAUCCACACUUUUUAAAGCAAUUUUAUAUUUUUUGGGUUGAAACAAUGUCCCAUGAGUUACGAGUCAAAUGCAUUGAUUCCAAAAUAGUAAGGGAUUUUGAUAGUUUUUUUGCAGUUAAGAGUUCUAAAGAGCUGUCACAGUUUAUGUCACAAAUAAUUUUUCGAACAACCAUUUUUCUGUAAUGAAACUUGAAUGAUCUUAUGAUUCCCUGAUCAAGGGGUUGAAUAAUAGCUGUAGUGUUGGGUGGCAAAAACACUAAUUUAAUGUGUUUCAAACACAAGUCCUCAUCAGCAGGGUGCGCAGAACAAUUAUCUAAAAGUAAGACGACCUUUUCAUUUUUCAGCUCCUUGUCCCAUUCAAGAAGAAGUUUUGUGAAGAUGCUGGAUGUCAUCCAUGCGUUAUAGCUUAUGGCAUAACUGGUGGGCAGGUUUACUUCUUUAAAACAUCAAGGUUUUAGACUCUUUCCUAUCACUAAAGGUUUGUUUUUUUUCGCAGUUCCUGUCAUGUUGCAUGUUAGCAACACGGUUAGUCUUUCCUUUAUUUUUUUGCAUCCACCAGUCAAUUCAUUAUUAAACAGCAGUGUGUGUUCAGGAAGUGCUCGGAAAAAUAAUCCUGUUUCAUCUGUGUUGAAAAUUUGCUCUGGUUUAUAGUCUUUGAUGAGUGUUGGCCACACGUCGUUUACCCAAUCGGCGGCAGAGCUAAAAUCAGCAUCUUGCUUUUCAUACAAUUUACGAAAGACAAUGUUGUUGCGGUCUUUCCAUGGGGUUAGCCACCCAUCUGUAGCUUUAAAAUCAGAAUCACCAAAUAAAUUAGCAAAGUCCUGUGCUUUGUGAAAUAAAAUUCCACGUGGAAUUGAAAUUCUUCGUUCGCGUGCAUUUUUGAACCAUUCUAACAGAGCCAUUUCAAUUUCCUCCGAUUUUCCUUCACGCUUACUCUUUCUUGACAGAUUUUCAUUCUUUUUUUAUUUCCAGGGAAAUAUUUAUCCUUUGUUUCAGAAUGUUGAAAGGAGCAGUUUGGGAAAUACCUAAUUUAAUUGAAGCUUCACGUUGACUACAUUUAGGAAGCUUAUCAUAGUUUUGCAGCACUUCGAAUUUAUCUUUAAAACUCAAAUCCUUCCUUUUCGGCAUGCUGAUAAAAUUUAACACCAAACGAACUUAAAAAUGAUAUGUGCUUUAACUAUAAUUUACUCAAACAGCUUAAAAUGGAACAUGAGCACAGACAGUUUUUGGAAAUCUAUUCUUGUUCUCUGUUAAGAUAGGUAACAAAAGAAACUUCUCUCCCUUCUAUGGUUCAUUCAAUAAAAAGUAAGAUAAGAAUUCGACCCCCUGUUGGGUGAGAUAGGUUUCUCCAAACUUCAUUCAAGUCAAGGAAUUGACAUUGAUAAAUUGAUUUCUAUGAACUCCCUGCUUAUCACCCACAUUUUUCCUUUACUCUUACACUAUGUACAUCACAGGAAAGUGCUAAACUCACCUGUUUCAUAGGUUUGUGAGUAACUGUUGCUUCUUCUAAAAAAAUCUUUAAACUUCCAAAAAAUAAAAUUUUAUAAAUAAGAACAAAGAAAACCUGAAAUAUUGCACUUUUGAUUUAUUAUGUAGUGAAAAUUUUGAUUUUAAAAAGCAGCGGUAUUGUAACGAUUCGGUUCUUGCCGAUUUGAUUUUAUAAAGCAGCUGAUUUCAUUAUCCGGUGAUUUUAUUAGCGGCGGGCACUGUAUCUCAAUUUAAAAAAACUAACUAAUAUUUUUAAUUCUAACUAUUUAAAUUUUUCUAACUUGCUGAGUUGCACCGGUUGCUUAUAAUUAAUAAUAUAAAAAGUAUUAACACAAAUUGUCACUGUGAUUCGAAAUAUGACUUAAAUGUAUGAGUGUAACUGUAGAACAUUUGUAAAAAAGCACGAUGUAAAUAAUGCUAAUAUUUAAGACUUUCACUUAUACAUGAAAUAAAGUAUAAACAUGAUACUUACAUAUAGUUGAUUUAUAGGAUAAUUUUAAAAUGAACAUUUUUUAAUAUUGGAUUUUGUAUUUUUGGUUUGCUACUUUUUAUAUGUUUUUAUAACUAGUUCAUUUUUUAAAAAUUUAUUUAGGAACAAAUUUAUUUUUGUAACUUAUUUACAUCCUGUGUUCAGAAUUUUUUGUUUGACAUUAAAUGAUUUUUUUAUUAAAGUAUAUCAAAUAAAGGAUUUUUUUUAUUUGUAUAAUUCCCAAAAAAUGUAAGAAAAGAAAUAAUAAAAUAUGUUUCAGUAAUUAAAUCUUCAAUAUUGGUAUUGAACAAUUUCAA